GGCAUUGACAGCCAGUCCAAUAAGCCACGCCCAUGAAUCUCCAUCCUCGAGCAGCCAAGACACGUCUCGCUCUGUGCCGGCAACGUCCGAGGCUAGCCAGUUACAGCAGCAGCAGUUACCGGUACCUUCUAGUCAGGAGGAUGAGGUUGAUACUCUACCUAGUGAGGUACCACAGUCCGCCUCACCUGCAGCUACGGAGGCUACUGGGGAAGAUAAAUCAGCUCUGGAAUCACAGAGUUCCUUUGGCCAGCAAGGUGAGGAUUCAGCAGAAGCAGCCUCCAGCUCAGAGACCCAAGAGUCGAGGGAGAACCAGGAGCCAAGCUCCAGCACUGAAACAGGUCAAGGUGAACGACCGAAGCCGAAGCGCAUCGUAUGGCAGGACUCUUCAGGCUCCAGCCAUGAACAGCGCCCUCAACAGCAGCAACAGCGCCCCCCACAGCGUGGUAACACGGCUGUGCGUAGUCGAGGGCGCUUGAUACAGCGGUCGUUCCCACGUGGAGGAGCCAGUGGACCUGCUGGAAAUCGAGGAAGAGGUGCCAGGUUUACUAGAGGUCGUGGUGGCCAGCAACCGUUCUGAUGAGAACCAACGCAAGAUGCAAGACAGAGUGACGACCCUUAUCAGUAGAAAACGCAACAAAAAAGUAGGCCUAAGUCUUAUGUUAAAAUUCCCCUCAACAAGUUUGCGGCUAUAUCUCUAGUUUGUUGAAGUAGGAUUCAAACUGUCUCUAGCUACCGGGCAAAAUCGAUGGUCUAGUUGGUAAGACACUGCUCUAGA